AUCAUUCGUGACAUCCAGCUGAUGGGCUUGGUGGCUCUGCUGAUCCUGGUGGACAUGCUGGUUCUCACCGCCUGGAACCUCACAGACCCAAUCAGGUGUUCACGAUCUGUCGGAGCUGUUGUCAAGGUGAUGGAGAGAGACGUUUCCUACUCGUUGUCUCAGCUGGACUCUUGUUCUUCAGUGUACUCAGAUCUGUGGGUCAUCAUUAUUGUGAUCCAGAAGGGCUGUCUUCUCCUCUAUGGCACUUAUCUGGCUGGACUGACCAGCAACGUCAGCCAUCCUCCGGUCAACCAGUCUCCCACCAUCAUAACCGCCGUCUCUCUGGUCACCUUCUCCUCUGCCGUGGCCGUCCCCGUGUCCGUCUUCCUGCAGGCCUGGCCCAACCUGGUCUACAGCACCGUGGCUGGAGCCAUCUUCAUCUGCACACUGGCCACUAACUGCAUGCUGUUUGUGCCUCAGCUGACCCAGUGGCGGCAGUUUGAAGAGGAUCAGAACAACCCGAGUCAGAUGGCCAAAUAUUUCAGCAGCCCCAGUAAGAGCCAGGCUUCUGUGUACAGCCAGGAUGAGAUCUACUACCUGCUGGGGGAAAACAGCUCCAUGAAAAAACUCCUGAGUGAGAAGAACGCAGUGAUCGACAGUCUUCAGGAGCAGGUGAACAACGCCAAGGACAAACUCCUUCGUCUCAUGUCGGCGAGCCAGCCCUCCGAGGACCAGGACAUGGACUCCUCCGCCACCAACCUCAACUCCUCCUCCACUCAGACCACCGAGCUCCAGUCUGAAGGCCCCUCUUCCUCUUCUCUGUCUCAGAGAGACUCUAAAUCCAGACUCUCACCCCCUCACCUCUCCCCUUACCUCCCUGCUGCUCCUGUUUCAUUAUCUGUGGUUUCACCGUCCACUGAGCCUCCCUCUGCUCCGAACUCCGCGGCCCCUAUUUCUGUUUCCUCCCCUCUCCCCGUCGAAGUUUGCGUGAGUGAAACCCAGAGAGACGUCUCCGCUACUGGGCCUUCAGGCAGAGACACAGCUGAGUCCAGGACGGGGGAGGAUCUCAAACAGCCCCUCCCGUUUCCUGGCUUACUCAGGACAGCAGAGGAGACAGUGCACUUUGUCACCUCUCUACAAUCCCGCAGAGGGCUGAAACCCUCUCAGGUUGAGACGUUUGGCGGACAGAGCGGCCUGACAGUUCAGCUGGGACCAAACGCCAGGCCAACUGGUUUUAUUAGCAGCGAACAGUUGCAGGAGAUCCUCCAGGAGCUGAGCGUGGAUGCAGUCAUGGAAACCACACUUAGAUCUCCGGGUCAAACGUCCAGGACGCCGCUGACCAAAGCCUCGGCGCUCUCCCCUCUCUCCUCGCGGACGGCUCCCUCCCCUCAUCCACCUGUUCUCUUCCGCUACCCCAGCAUCUCCCCCUACGCCAUGAGAAAACGCCGGCCGCCCUUUCACUCCCCCCGGAGAGGUUUGUCCCCUCCUUGCUUCUACACAGGUUCAGAGAUUCCCAGUUGUGGGAAGACAAGAGACAAAUGUAAACACCAAAACACAGGAAAGCUUCCUGAGGGCAUCACUGCGGACGACACCCUUCUCCAGGUCUACAGCAGCGACCUUGAUGUGGAAAGAGAGGAGGAGGACGCAGACGGGCAUGAAGAAAGAUGUCAAAGAUGCGUUUCAAGGUCUCACAGAUGCUCAGUGUUGCGUUGUGCGGAGCAACAUGAAGUGGAGGUGGGCGGUGAUAACGAGCAGCACCACAAACGCAUUAGAGACUCGUGUGGGUACUGGGACUCGGACUCGAGCAGCUCGACAGAUUACUGCUACUACCACCGUCCUUACUGCGACUCCUGCCUGCAGCGGGGCUCGCUCCUGAGCUCGGACAGCUCCUCGGACUCCUCGGACAGCGAGUACGACGACUACACGAGCCUCUACCGCUCCCCCCGCCCCGUGGUGUUCAAAGAAGACCUCAAACCCACCUUUGUAUGAACACAUAUGCUGCACUUUACAUAUUUAUCCAUUUCCACCACUUGAAUUGAUGUCCUUAACAAAUGUUGUGCUUCCACGACGAGAGAUAACUCGAUCUUAGCCGGUUAAGAUAGUCUUCAAUCUUUCAUCAUAGGGCAGGAUCAUUCUUUUACUCAUGAGUCGAUUUUUGUAUCUCGAAAGCACAAAAUGCUGUUUAUUUUUUUAAUAUUACUUAUGGCAUUAUUUGUAUAUUUCUACUGACAGAUGAAAAUCCUUGACAUUUAAAAAAAGUCUAAUCUAAUUUCAAAAUGGGAUGACAGUAGCGACUAAAUUAAAAAUGUGAAAAUAAGGUUUUCACAGGAUAUUAGAAAUGUACACUCUAUCAGCUGUAUUUAUUUUAAUAUUUAUUUGUUGAUGUUUUGGUGUACAGAGCUACUUUACGGUUCUUUUUUUAUGUUUUACAUUAUUAUAUGUAUACUUUAAAAUGAUGUGAUAAUAUUUUAUUGCAGAAUCUGA